AUGAAAUCGUCAGGUUUAAGCGUUGUUUUUAUCGCCUUGUGUUCGAUUUGUGGUGCGGAUGUUCCUUUUCCAUCUUAUGAAGAACUUGUGUCGUUUGAUCUCAGAAAAUUAAAUCCAAAACCACAAAGAAAUAACACAUACAAAUUGUUAGAACUAAAGUCAGUGAUCAAUCAGGUACAUGACGUCACUUUCUUAAAAUCGUUAGCAGAUUCAAACAAUGGUUUUCUUACGUCAUCAACAGAAGAAGGACCAAACCUACUAGCCGACAACUACACUGUAUCUGAAAGCUGUCGAGAGAGCUGGAAUUGGACAAUGACUGCAUUGACCAUAAAUGAGUUCUGGGCUUUAAAGAUGCUUGACGCGUCCGCCAAAAUUGAACCUGGGGUUAUAGACGGUCAUUCAAAGUGGCUUGGGUCAUUUGACGAAUGUUUUAAUCUGGAAGCCCCCGUGAAACACUUUUACUUCGAACCAGUUGAGACACAAUUCUGUUUUGCUCACAUUCCAGUUAAAUUGCAAUAUAUUCCAUUGGAGGUAGAUACGGGGCUGUGUGUACCAAAAGCUUGUUCACCGAGGGAUAUAAUGAAACUUUACAACGACUUAUUUGCUACAAUUGAGAGGUUUCGACCUACAGCCAAUCCAAUACGUGCUAAAUAUGUAUAUUGCCACGAGAAACCAGAAAUUGACACAAGAGCCAUCGUUGCUAUAGUUAUACUCGGAAUAUUUGCCGCCUUAAUAUUAUCAAGCACAGCAUAUGAUGUCAUCAUCAAACAUUGGUUGCAACAGCCCCAACUGAAUUCUUUAAAACCCACACCAAUAGAACAAUCUGCAGAGACAGCUUUACAUAACGAAAAAAGUCCUUUGUUGAUGCAGGAUAAGGCAAAUAUUACACAAAAGGAGGACUCAACACUAGAGAAACUGAUACUUUCGUUUUCGGCUCUCUCUAAUGGGAAAAAGAUUCUCCAAGUAAAUCAAUCCGCGGGAACACUGACAGCGUUAAAUGGGAUACGAUUUCUCAGUAUCUCCUGGGUUGUUCUAGGACACACCUAUGCUUUUAGCAUGAAUGACGCAAGUAAUACAAGUUCUGCAUAUCAAGCGAUCAAACGCUGGACCUUUCAAGCCGUCUCUAACGCCCUAGUUUCCGUCGAUUCUUUCUUUGCUUUGAGCGGACUGCUGUUGUCAUAUCUGACACUGAAGGCUAUGAAGAAUGGACGUGGAAAGCUGAGAAUCAAUUGGUUGAUGUUUUAUUUUCACAGAUUUUGGAGAUUAACACCAGUAUACAUGAUUAUGAUAAUGAUCAGUGCCUGUCUAAGCCGUUAUUUUGGAGAUGGACCGUUGUGGCCAAAGAAUGGAUUCGAGCCAGAUUUUUGUAAAAACACAUGGUGGAGAAACCUUCUUUAUAUCAAUAACUUGUUUGAUAAAGAGCAGUGCUUUGGAGUUUCAUGGUACCUUGCUAAUGAUAUGCAGUUUUUCGUUUUAAGUCCACUGAUGCUUAUUCCAUUGUAUUUUCAUUACCCAAUAGGGAUUGGCGUUUGCUCUGUUUUGCUAUUGGGAUCUGCAAUCGCGCCAGGGGUCGUCUCAAACGUCUUGGAUCUUCCACCCUCAAGUUUCGGUGGAGGCGGAUCUCCAGAAGGAAGAGGGGACUACUUUACCAGCUAUUAUAUUAGACCUCACUGCCGGAUAGGGCCUUACAUAGUAGGAAUCAUCGUUGGAUCUCUACUUUAUAAAACAGACUGCAAAGUAAAAAUAAACAAGUUUCUUAACCUACUGCUGUGGCUCAUCUUUGCAACAUUGGCUAUUCUUGUCCUUUACGGACUCCGUAAUCCCAUUGUCUACCCAGAGGAUGUCCUCAAUCGUGACGUGUCGGCUCUCUACAACGCCACCCACAAAAUUGUCUGGGGAGCAUGCGUAUGCUGGGUCAUAUUCGCUUGUGCUACCGGAAAUGGAGGAUUCAUUAAUACCCUACUGUCGUGGUCUCCAUUCGUCCCUUUGGCUCGACUCUCCUAUUGUAUUUACCUGACACAUGCCAUGGUGAUAUACACUUUCAUAGGGAUGCAACGUACUAACAUUUACAUUGACGACAUAAACACAAUUUAUCUCUUCCUGGGUCAUUUGGUACUAUCCUGUAUGACAGCAUUUGUGGCCUCUGUUUCAUUCGAGGCUCCGAUGAUGGGAUUAGAAAAAAUACUUCUCAGACGACCAAGUCACAAAUAAGAACAAUUAUUAUAUUAAGAGGAAUUAAAGAUCUCUAAUGUUGGGUUAAAGAUGGACAAUUUUUUUGUUCUAUAUGUAUGUUUACACGUACAU